AUGCACAAACUCGUUCUCGCCCUCGUGGCCUCCUUGGCUUUGCUCAACUUUUUCAAAUGCGUACAAGCCGAUGAUGGAGAUGAUCCCCUCGGACCAUCGGACACCUUCAGCUAUGUUCUCAGGGUCGACAUCGCUCGCAGCAUGCAAAUCCAGUAUGGGCCGGACGACCGUUACUCUGAUGUCAUUCUUAUGGACGGCACGCUUGAAUUGCCUUUCACCACGCCCUUCAAAAAACUCAAGGGACCUGGUGAUCAAGGGAGGCACAACCAAUAUUAUUUUCGCUAUCAAGUCCAAGAUGAUGUAUGGAUCAAGACCUCUAGCGAUUGGUAUUUCAAUUACAACAUCUCUCUUGCAUGGUACGGUCGCAUUCCCCGCCGCUAUGAUUAUACCGAUGAGCGAUGGGCUGUCAAUCUCUGGCGAGAUUGCUGUCGGACUGUCUUCACGACCUCGCUCUUAGUCAACCCUGACGCAAGACCGCUUAAGAUCAAGAAGGAAAAUGGCUGGAAGACGACUGUCAAGAUCAGCUGCGAGCAUGCGGACGCCGAUGUGCCGGAACCUUACGAUCAGCGAUGCAUCAACUUUUGGGCAAAUCAUAAACCUCCGAUUUACCUCAACGACCUCCGUGCAGGAUCUGUGAUCUCUGCUGCAGAUGACCCGCCCAUCGUCCCAUCGAACCUCUUCUCAAUCUUCUUCGCCGUGCUGCCUUUCGGCAUCGCUGUACCGAUGCAGGCUGGUCUGCAGAAGCGCGACGUCCGCGAGACGGCCUUUGUCGUGAAAAUGUGGUCACCCACAGACAACCGCUGGACAUCGCUCCUUCUCGUCUCUUCAGAGAUUCGCCAGCCGUUCACGAUCAGCGGGGGAGACAAGUGGUAUCACUGGGUCAUACCAAACUUGCCCGAAUACGUUUUCGACUUUGCCCCAAUCGACGGAGUGAGCGCCCGGGUCAAAAACAACAUGAAAGCGGCGCAAUGGACCGGCUUUUACGAUAUGACGCUGCAAUGGCAAGACACCAUCAAGACAGAUGAUUACCGUGGCGUCAAUCGCGAGCUCAUCGAAACAUAUGCAGACUGCUGCAAAAUCCACUACGCUAUGACAGUCGUCGUCAACCCCUGGGAGGUCAAGCUCAGGGCAGUCCGCAUCAAUGACGAACCGACGUUCAUGAAGCUCGUCUGCAGCCCCAGCGAAGUCGAGUUUCAUCCUGUCCCUGACCGCUGUACCAAGCUGUACCAGAAAUGGGUUUACGAUUUCUAUCAGGACUAUCAGUGGAAAGUAUUCUUUCCGCUGGACUAG